AUGUGCCAGUUUUUGUUCGUAACAGAGCUAGGACUAUACGCGAGCUCGCCAUUGAUCCGAUACGUCCCUACAAAUCUUAAUUUUGCAGAUGUCGGCUCUCGAGGUACUACAGUCUCAGAACUGCGUAAGGCCUCCCUGUGGUGGAGCAGCCCACCAUUCCUUGCUCAAGACAUAUCAGUUUGGCCUCGGGAAACUUCAACAGCAACAACAGGAAUUGAAGCGAACCCAGAACGAACUAAAUCCACUUCAAUAAUCUCCAUCGCAGCAGCACAAGUUCCAAAAGAAGAAGAAGAAGAGAAUUUCACACCAAUUGUUGAUGCCUCCCGAUUCAGCACAUGGAUCGCUUUGCUUAAUACGCUAGUAUUCGUGCUACGAUUCCUCACGAUGAAAUCAAGAAAAGCUGUUCCACAUUUCGGCUCAACUCCUGCUGUUUGGCUCACAAAGGCCGAAGUCAUCUUGCUUCGUCUCGCACAGCGCCAAUACCCACCCUCGGAGGAACAAAAACGGCAGCUACAUCUUUUCCAAUGCAAAAAGACAUCGCUGUGGAGAUCACAAGGUCGGAUCGACAAUUCGGACUUACCUCAAGACGCAAUAACCCCUAUAUUCUUUUCAAACAAGAGCUGUUUCACUUCCCUUCUCAUACUUCACACUCAUUCGUGUAACAAUCACUGCGGUGUAAACCACACACUCACAGAGCUACGACAACGCCUUUGGAUCCCAAAGGGUAGGACGACAGUGAAAAAGGUACUGAACAACGACUGCUUCCACUGCAAACGAUUCAAAGCGAAGCCCUUUGCACUGCCACCCUUUGCAACGCAUCCAGCAAAGAGAACGACUUCACCUCAAUUCCCAUUCCAAAAUGUGGGCAUGGACUUUUUCGGACCUAUGCUUUGUCUCAGUAACGACAAUGAGACGGAAAAAUACUGGAUUCUUCUUCUUACAUGCUUAAACACUCGAACAAUAUUCGUCGAUGUAAUCCAGGAUAUGACAAGUCAUACUGUACUUCAUGUUUUGCGACGGUUCAUCGCCACCAUUGGAUGUCCGUCUUGGAUACUUUGUGACAAUGCGCAAUCCUUCAAAACAAUAGCAGAGUGCUACUCAUCACUCUCAACAUUAGAAUCGGAAAUGGACAUCAAUGUCCUUGAUUACUGCUCAAAACAACGAAUUCAACACUCCAUUCGAAAUGGUUUACUCGAUAUCGAGCACAUCAAGACGCUAGCAAAAGAAGCGAAAGCAAUCGUCAACACACGCCCACUGACCUACGUCACCGAUGAUCUGGACUAUUACCUCUUACGUCCAAUCGAUUUCCUGCGCCCAUACGCCAAACUUGCAGGGCCAUAUCCUCAAGAAACUGAUGACGAAUGGACUCCAGUCCCUACCACAACAAAGACGCUCUUAACACAAUGGAAAGCAACGUCACAAAUGCUUUCUCACUUUUGGAAACGCUGGACCACGGAAUACCUCACUUCACUACGUGAACACUAUAAAACAGAACAUAAAACGCCGAGAUCUUAUGAAGAUGGCUGUCCACAGCUGGGCGACUAUGUGCUCAUUCACGAUCUUGUCUUGAAUCGUGGACAGUGGAAAAUGGAAGAAAUCGUUGGAUCUCAAGACGAUUUCAGAAGAUCCAUGGAUAUACAAUUGCCAUCCAAAAAAACCAUCACGAGACCCAACAACUUGGUCUACAAACUGGAAAUAUCUCAGGAUACCACUCCAGCGCAACGAGAGAAGCGCUGA